AUGAUAAGCAUUGAACCUGGUGUAUGGAUGUGUAAAUACACAUCUAAAAAUGGUGCUUUGUAUGAACUGAAAAUAGAUACUAAUUUAAAGAUUCUUAAUAGACAAUAUAAAUUAAUAGAUCACAAAUUAAAUAUAAUUAGAAAAAUUUUGUAUACAAAAAAACAAAUGAAAAAAUCUGCAUAUGCCAUUGUAGCUUUUCUGCUUUUAUUAGCAGAUAAAUAUGCAAAAUGCCACAUUGAUGUAACAAUAGACUUAAAAGUAAAAUGUAGUAACAAACUCUGGGACUACGAACACCUAGGAUACGCGUACGGCAAUUAUGAUAGUUUCCUUUACCAUCUGAAAGAGGGAUAUAAAUGUUACAGAGUAACUUACGGAAAUACUGUAAUUUGGAAGUCAGCUGGAAAUGAAAGGGCAGAUAGGGUAGUUCUCAGUGGUAGAGGAUCACAAAGAAAAAUGGUUGAAAUAGAUUUGGACGAUGAUACCGUAAUUUAUUAUUUCAAACCAGGCCGAUUUAGAACGUGGAAAAGAUACAUUAGUGAUAAUAUAUGA